AUGAUGCGUGACAAGAGCACCCUGGGGCAGAGCAGAUCCAGCUAUGGCUCCAUCUCCAGCCCACCUGGCUCAGCGCCUCAGGAAGGGUCUCCUCAGAAGACCUACCUGAGCGAGAAGAUUCCCAUCCCAGGCUGCGCGGAACCGGGCACAUUCAGCCUUCGGAAGCUGUGGGCAUUCACAGGGCCUGGCUUCCUCAUGAGCAUCGCUUUUCUGGACCCUGGGAACAUCGAGUCGGACCUUCAGGCUGGCGCUGUAGCUGGAUUCAAACUGCUCUGGGUGCUGCUGUGGGCCACUGUGCUGGGCUUACUCUGCCAGCGACUGGCUGCCCGACUAGGUGUGGUGACAGGCAAGGACUUGGGCGAGGUCUGCCAUCUCUACUACCCCAAGCUACCCCGCACCCUUCUCUGGCUGACCAUCGAGCUAGCCAUCGUGGGCUCAGACAUGCAGGAGGUCAUCGGCACAGCUAUUGCCUUCAAUCUGCUCUCGGCUGGACGAAUCCCUCUCUGGGGUGGCGUCCUGAUCACCAUCGUGGACACCUUCGUCUUCCUCUUUCUGGAUAACUAUGGUCUGCGGAAGCUGGAAGCCUUUUUUGGAUUCCUUAUUACCAUUAUGGCCUUGACCUUCGGCUAUGAGUACGUGGUGGCACGCCCAGCUCAGGGAGCCCUUCUCCGGGGCCUGUUCCUGCCUUCGUGCGCAGGCUGCGGUCAGCCCGAGCUGCUGCAGGCCGUGGGCAUCGUUGGCGCCAUCAUUAUGCCCCACAACAUCUACCUGCACUCGGCCUUGGUUAAGUCUCGAGAGGUGGACAGGGUCCGCCGAGUGGACAUCCGAGAAGCCAACAUGUACUUCCUGAUCGAGGCCAUCAUCGCCCUGUCUGUCUCCUUCAUCAUCAACCUCUUUGUCAUGGCGGUCUUCGGGCAGGCCUUCUACCAGGAAACCAACCAGGACGCGUUCAACACCUGCGCCAACAGCAGCCUCCGCGACUACGCCAAAAUCUUCCCCCGGGACAACGACACCGUGUCGGUGGACAUUUACCAAGGAGGCUUCCUGAGGCUGCGGUGGUCCCGCUUCGCCCGCGUGCUCCUCACCCGCUCCUGCGCCAUCCUGCCCACCGUGCUGGUGGCUGUCUUCCGCGACCUGAGGGACCUGUCGGGCCUCAACGAUCUGCUCAACGUGCUGCAGAGCCUGCUGCUGCCCUUCGCUGUACUGCCCAUCCUGACCUUCACCAGCAUGCCAGCGGUCAUGCAGGAGUUCGCCAAUGGCCUGCUGAGCAAGGCUGUCACCUCAUUCAUCAUGACACUGGUCUGCGCCAUCAACCUUUACUUCGUGGUCAGCUACGUGCCCAGCCUCCCCCAUCCUGCCUACUUCGGUCUCGUAGCUGUGCUGGCUGCUCCCUAUGUGGGGCUCACCGCCUAUCUGAUCUGGACCUGUUGCAUCGCCCACGGAGUCACCUUUCUGACCCACAGCUCCCACCAGCACUUCCUGUAUGGGCUCCCCGCAGAGGAUCGGGAGCAUGGGGAGGCCUCCGGGUGACCUGCACCCAGCGUCUUGCUGGGAGGUGGAACGAGGGGGCCUACUGGUCCCAGGGGUAGAAUGGACUUGCAGACAGCAAGACGCUGCGGGGCGCCCACAGACCCGCCACCAGGGCCUUUCUUCGUGGACUUGGGACUCCAGUUGAGACAAAGGCUUCGGCCGUUAAGUUUCAGUUACCGGAUCCGUGAGCUCACACCCAUCUUACCAUGGACUUAAAACACUUUCAACACAGUGUCUGGAGCUUGGGACCCAAAAGUCAUCCCCAAAAUAUUUAUUUGGUUCAUGUUUGUAAUCCCAGAAGGAAGACUUGAGUUCCAGACUAGCGUAUGCCUACUUAGCAAAAUGCUCAUAAAAUACUACUACUAAUAAUAAUAAAAUCCAUGAAGCUG